GGGACAGAGCCGUCAGUGGCUGACAGGAGGAGCGCGGCGGAGGCUCGGAACCUCAGAAAUACCGAGGUUGUCAUCGCAUCCGAGUUCAGUCAGGAGGAGCCCGGCGACUAGGCCGGAGAGCAGGGCAGCAGAGAUGCGCGAACGAACGGCAUCGGAGUCGGCGGCAGCGGGCGACGGGGAUCGGAAAGCCAGUCUGGCCGAGGAGCUGGAGAGGGAGCCGCCGCCGCCGCCGAUGAUCAGCGUGGACAUCGCCGGUAUUCUGUUGCAGUUCUCCAAGACUUUUGUCAUCAUCUUCCCGGUUUACGUGCUCGGCUACCUGGGGCUGAGCUUCAGCUGGGUCCUCAUCGGGCUGCUCGUCUUCUUCUGGUGGCGGAGGAACCGGGGCAACAAGCGCUCCCGCCUGUUCCGGGCGCUGGCAUUCCUGGAGCACGAAGAAUUGAAUCUGCGGGAAAACAUCCAGAGCACCGACCUCCCGGCCUGGGUUCACUUCCCAGACAUAGAACGGGUGGAAUGGAUAAACAAGACGGUAAAACAAAUGUGGCCAUAUAUCUGUCAGUUUGUGGAGAAACUGUUGAAAGAAACCAUUGAACCAGCAGUGAGGGGAGCAAACAGCCAUCUUAGUACCUUCAAUUUCACAAAAGUUGACAUGGGAAAUAAGCCUCUACGGAUUGAUGGGGUAAAAACUUAUACAGAAAACAUAGACAGCAGACAAAUUAUCUUAGACCUUCAAAUCAGCUAUGUUGGAAACUGCGAGAUAGAUCUCGAGAUCAAGAGGUACUUUUGCAGAGCAGGUGUGAAGAGUAUACAGCUGAAUGGUAUAAUUCGAGUGAUUCUGGAACCAUUGAUUGGUGACAUGCCACUGGUUGGAGCACUAUCUCUCUGCUUUCUCCGCAGGCCUUUACUUGAAAUUAACUGGACAGGACUAACAAAUCUUCUGGACGUCCCUGGACUGAAUGGCAUGUCAGAUACAAUCAUCCUUGAUAUCAUCUCCAAUUAUCUGGUUUUGCCCAAUCGGAUCACAGUACCACUAGUCGAUGAGGUGCAGAUGGCUGAACUGCGUUUCCCUGUACCAAAAGGGCUUUUGAGAAUACACUUCAUUGAAGCUCAGGAUCUGCAGUGGAAGGAUACGUUUAUGAAGGGGCUUGUGAAAGGAAAAUCUGACCCAUAUGGCAUUCUUUAUAUUGGUAAUCAGAUGUUCCAAAGCAAGACUAUCAAAGAAAAUCUAAGUCCAAAGUGGAAUGAGGUUUAUGAGGCACUAAUUUAUGAAAAUCCUGGUCAGGAACUUGAGAUUGAACUUUUUGAUGAAGACCCAGACAAAGAUGAUUUCCUUGGCAGCCUUAUGAUUGACCUUGUUGAAGUUCAGAAGGAGCAGCUUGUUGACCAGUGGUUUGAUUUGGAUGAGGUGAGCAAUGGAAAGCUACACUUGAAGUUGGAGUGGCUCUCUCUGCUGCCAGCGGCUGACAGACUGCCUCAGGCUAUGGCCAGCACUAAAGCAAUUAAAGGAACAGCCAAUGAUGGGCUUUCCUCUGCUUUACUCAUCAUUUAUCUGGACUCUGCCAGGAACCUCCCACGCAAUCCGUUUGAAUUUAACCUUGAUGGCUUGAAGAAGGCUAAUGUUUCCAAAUCACUGAAGUUUGCGAAGAAAAUGAACAGUGAGCCUAAUCCAUUUGUUCAGCUGUCAGUGGGACAUAAUACAUAUGAAAGUAAGAUCCGAUAUCGGACCACAGAACCUGUCUGGGAAGAAGCGUUUACUUUCCGCAUUCAUAAUCCAAUGACUGUGGACCUGGAUAUUGAGGCUAAGGAUGACCAUCACCAGUGCUCGCUAGGUUCAUUUAACCUGCCUCUUAAACAGUUGCUGGAAGCUGAAGGCCUAACAAUGGACCAGCGAUUUCAAUUAAACAAUUCGGGUCCCAGCAGUACAAUCAAGAUGAAGAUAAUGCUUAGAAUCCUUUCUCUUGAAAAACAAGAGAAGACCCCAGAUCGUUCCUCAGCUCAGGUAAAGAAGCAACCAUCUCAUAGCAAGGACGCUCGAAAGCCAGCAUCAAAAGUGCAACUGGUCCCCCCGACAGAAUCGAAUAAACCUGCCCUCGCUGUUCCUGCUGCUGAUAGCACCAAAAAGCUUGAGAAGACAGAUAAGGUGGAGAACUACAGCACUGCUUCCCAGAGCCCACAGAGGCCUUCCAGCCUCCAGCAAGCUCCAUCAGCUAACACCAUCUCCAGCCAAACAGGCUCUCCAUCACAUCUUUCUGCUAAAGAACCAACCCCGAGUAUUGCCUCUGAUGUAUCGCUACCCUUUGCCACGCAGGAGUUACACCAGAGACUGAGGCAACUGCAAAAUGGAACAACUCUUGGCCAAUCACCACUGGGUCAGAUUCAGCUAACGCUUCGGCACAGUUCUCAAAGAAACAAGCUCAUUGUGGUUGUACAUGCUUGCCGUAAUUUAAUAGCUUUUUCUGAAGAUGGCUCAGAUCCAUACGUUCGAUUGUAUUUACUGCCUGACAAGAGGAGGUCAGGAAGGAGAAAAACGUCUGUGCUGAAGAGACAGUUAAAUCCAGUCUAUGAUGAAACGUUUGAGUUCAUUGUAUCACAAGCAGAGGUACAGAAAAGAACUCUUGAUGUAGCUGUAAAGAACAGUGGUGGAUUUUUAUCAAGGGACAAAGGGCUUCUGGGAAAGCUUCUAAUAGAAAUCACGGAGGAGGUGACUAAAGGCUCUACACAGUGGUAUGAUUUAACAGAGGAUGGAACCAAGCACCAGCCCCAAGCCUAGAGAAAGCACCAACUCAGUGUCACCAUUGGCCACCAAGACUUUUAGCAGUUUUUUUAAAAAAUUAUCCCAGGAGCACCAGCAUCACACCUAAAGCUUUGCACACAUGCCAAUGAAUGCACCACAGGUUUUACAGAUGAAGUCAUCUUCUCAGUAUAGAUUUUACUGAGUGUUGGCACUGCUUGUUGCAUUUUUUUUAAAUGACUUUUAUUCAUGAAGUAAGCUUUUUUUUAUUUUAUUGUUUUUUAUCAAAACAGUUACUGGUGUGACUCUUACGGUAGUAAAAUGUAUAACCUGCAGUGGGUGCACUGACUAUCCUUUUGGUCAAAAGAAAAUUUCUUUACUGUACAAGACUGUAAAAAUACAGUGUGAGGCAGAGUGUUGAUCCAGGAUUACGUCAGCCUUGUUUUUUGUAAGUUUGCAAUGUAUAAUGUGUAAAUACAGCAAGUGUGAUUUAUAUAUUGUAUGUGAUAUCAGAUGCUUGUGAAGGAUGCAGAAGGGAGAAUCUUCCAUUUAUUGAAGUAAUAAGAUGUGCAUGUCUCAUUAAGCAAUUGCCUCAUGCUUUUUACAGUAGCCUUGCAGUGUACAGUUCUGCAUUAGAAGCAUCUACUAUGAUGUGAAAUAUCAAACCUUAUUGACUUCUUGUCUAACACAUGUUACACAGUGUACUUACCAGUGAAAUAAUGAAGGGAUGCAAUCUAUGGAGGAGGAAACCUGAACUUUAUAAUCAGGAAUCUCCAGUCAUCACCAGGGGAUUCAGUGAUGAUUAUUUAUUUUAGUUUUGACUUUUUGUUGUGGAGAUUUGAGCACCAUUUAAAAUGAGUUAUUUACCCAUUUAUUAUUCCCUGGUCCCUGUAUUUAUGGCUUUGCCUCUCCUGAGAAACUCCCAGUACACAAUCACCAUACAUUUAUUGACUGACAGGACAAGCAACUGCCCAGUUCCAAGACCUUCCCCAAAUCUGUUCUUGAUUGAGUAAAUGGGUGAAUUGGGGAUUGUGUGCUUAGUUUUCUUUCCCUGUAGACAUGACUGAGAUCAAAAUCUUACUGUAGGAAAUCAUAGAGAAGAAUCCGAGGCAUGCUACUGGAGUAAUAGUACGUGGCGUUUUGCCCAUAAAACAUUUUAUUGUAUAUAAAUAUAAAUAUGAAAGUGUAUUAAAAAUAUUAAUGAGACUUCAAAGUAUUUCAGAUAUUGGCCUCCUUUAAAUACAGGGGAGCAAAUGUCUUUUCAAUGGUUGCUUUUGACAUCUUCUAUCAGUGCAUGAAAGUUUAAUUCAAUCCCAGUAGAUCAAAAGCUGAGUUGUAAUAAGAGGUUCAAAACCAUUGAGUAGGUUAAUGCUAUUUAAUUUUGGAUGUUAGAAGGUAUUGUAGACCUGACCUAUGGAAGUAAAACAUUUUCAGAUUUUAAUCAUCAUAUCUCAAACCCCCAAAAACUUUUAAAUUCUCGACACUUGUUUUACUUAAUCAGCAGUGUAAUCAUGUGCUAUGAAUAUUAUUUGCUGCAGUGCUGUUUCAUAUUUUAGGAAACCAUAUAACUAAACACAUUCUUCAUUCUGAAACAUCUUCAGUCAGAAUAGUUAACUCGAUCCUUUGGUAUUCAGAUUAUUGUUGUAGUAGUAGUGUUCAAGGCAAAAGUCGUAAAGUUAUUAUUAGUGAGGUAGGGAAAUGACAAGAUUUGAAUCUUAAUUCAAAAAUUGAGUUAUAUUGACAAGCCUAGGUCAGUUACAGAAACCAUGAGGUCAAUUGUUUGUACCUUAAAGGAUUCAGUUCACGUUUGUUUUAUUCUGUAUGGUACAAUAUUUAUUUCCAUAUGGAUACAAAGCUUUUCCCUUUUUAUAUGAAGACUGGCUUCUACAGUCUAUUUUUAAUUUAACAUUAUUUCACAUGUUAGAAAAAUUGCAAACAGCGAGAUUCAACUACUUUGUGAUGCCAAAAGUAGUUGUGUCCGUUGUUAUCAUAUGCUAAAGAUAGUUGCCCCUACAUAGAUAAUGGAAUUCAUUCUUCAGGUACAUUAGCAUUUCUAUUCAAAUGUAAGAAAGACUCCAAGUCAAAAACAAACUGUAGAAAAUUAUAAACACCAAAAGAUUGGAAUUUAUAUGUGCAGUAAUCCUUGCUCACUACAUGAUUCUGUCCCAUUUAAUGCAAAAUAAUGUUCAAGAUUUCUCUCCUACAAUUUCCCUGAGAAGUGCACUCUGUGACUUGAGUUAAUGCUGUAAUAUUGAGUAUUUGGUUCAAGAGGUGGAACACUGAAGCUGAGUCAGUCAAGUCUGUUGGGUCAAGCUACCAUUGCUCCAUGCAGGUAUUACUGUGCCUUAAAUAUAAAUGUAUUAAGAUAUUAUUUAAACAAAUUCAUGUUUGAGGAUAAUUAUACUUAAGAUUUUUGUUUUUUUUAGCCAUUGUGUUUUUGGCAUUUACUUUGCAUAAUUGUCAAUGCUGUAGAAUGAAAUAUUUUUCUUAUAUAUUGUUCAGCAGCAUGAAGGGUAUCUCCCUGUUUUAUAUAAAUAAUAAUGGUAGUCUCUUUUUUUUUUUAUAUUUGCACAGCCCCAAACAAUGAUUUUAUUGGGAUUGCCAAAUUAGGGGUCAUUAUUUAGUCUUGUGUGCUUUUCUUGGUACCAAUAGAGGAUCAGCCACAAAUAGGAAAGUUCAAAAUGUUUCUCCAUCAAAAAAAGAAAAAUCUGUUAGCUUGGGAUAUGCAAUGGAAUAUUUUUGUGUUAUCUGUGCAUUGACUUGCUUGUGAUUAUAUCUUGUAUUGUGAAACUGUUUUCCACUGCUGACAGAAAGGAAAUUCACAGGAAUUAAUGACGAGGGAGAUACAAAGCCAAAGCCCGUUUUAUCAUUGUUUGGAAACUUAAGGUUUUUGGCUCUGUUGGCUUCAUUAUGUAAUAUUUUUAAGUUAUCGACUAAAUUUCAGCAUCCAUUGAUUGAUAUCCUAUCCUCUACAUCAACUGUAUAUGCAGAUAGCUAUGUACAGUGAAUAAAAUUAUUGAGAAAGUG